AUGGCGAAGUACAAGAAAGGAAAAGAUGCUAAAUAUGCCGAUACAGUUGAUGAUGAAGAUGAUGAAAAACAUGCAGAAGUGAAUUGUCUUAGCGAGACCGAUAUACCUGUACAUCAAGUUGUUUUCGAUAUUUCCGAUAAACCAUUUUGUGCUAUAAGACCGUCAUUGCUUCCUGAAAAAUUCGACAAUCUUCAAGAAAUAAUGAGAUGGAUUGCAUAUAUUGAAUUUGCUCAUGAGAAUGUUGAUGAUGAACUUACGUGGUCAAAGGUAAAUAUUGAAAGGUUAAACUUUGACAAAACUUUGGAGCUUGUACACGAAAUUGGCAUUCCUCAUUCCCUUCGACCCUUUCUAUGGCCGCGUUUCUGUGGAGCUACUAAAAAGAAAGAUUUAAGUUCAUAUGCUUAUAAAGACGUUGUUAAGCAAUGCGAUAUGAAUAAACCUUCAAUAACUGCUCAAAUAGAAAAGGAUCUGCUGAGAACUCUUCCCACCAAUUUGUGCUUUUGGCAGUCCGACAGUAAAGGGAUUGAUUCACUAAGGCGUGUUCUUCGGUCUGUAGCUUAUAUGUACCCUGACGUCGGAUAUUGCCAGGGAAUGGGUGUUAUUGUUGCCACGCUGUUGCUCUUUUGUCCAGAAGAAACAGUAUUUUGGAUGAUGGCUACUCUUAUUGAGGAUGUCUUUCCAGCCAACUAUUAUAGUGCUAAUUUGUUGGGUGUUCAGGCUGAUCUUCGUGUAGCAAUGCAUCUUGUGGAUAUCCAUCUUCCAGAAGUUGCAAAACUUUUACGAGAAAAUGAAGUGGAUACGUCGUUAAUAACUGUUAAUUGGCUUUUAACGGCAUUCGCUUCAGUUUUUCCAAUACGUUUACUGUUGAGGAUGUGGGACUUUCUUUUUGUUUGUGGUGGAGUAGCUAUUUUUCGGAUAUUUAUUUCUAUGCUAAAGUUAAAGGAAGGUGACUUUUUAAGCGUGACAUCGAAGGAGAACCUUUCUAUCGAUAUGUUUAAUAUCUUAGCGUCAGUACCCGCAAAUAUUUAUGACAUAGAAAGCCUAGUGGAAAUGUCUACGUCAUUUGAAUUUUCGAUAACUCCUGAACUUAUCGAAAGUAUGAGGAAAAAGCAACAGGCUAUAUUGUUAGCCGAUCAAGGCUUGAUUAUCAAUCCAAAUUCAGAUGUUAAUCUUCCUAAACAGCGAAUACAGAAGCGUCGACUUACACGAUCGACAAGUAUUUUGAAGCAAAUAUUGCCAGCAACAAAAGAAAAUGUGGAAGAAACAGACCUAAGAAUGAAAAAUGUACGCCAAACAGAACUGAUCAUCGACUUACGUGAAGCUGUGCUACAAAUUUGCCGUCAUUUUAUCGACUGUGACGAUAAAUUCAAAGACAGUGUAACUUUGCAGGCCGAUUACGUAGUGGAAACACCAAAAGACGAAAUUGAAGAGUUUUUGAAUGCAAAACGUCAGGGACACAGAAGGGCUCGUGCGCUUUUAGAUUUUGAAAGACAGGACGAAGAUGAACUAGGAUUUAAGAAAAACGAUAUGAUCACAAUUCUCAGUGAAAAAGACGAGCAUUGUUGGAUCGGGGAAGUUAACGGUUUGCAAGGGUGGUUUCCUGCAAAAUUUGUUGAGGUGGUGGAUGAAAGGGGUAAAAACUAUACAAUUUACGGCGAUGAGGCAGUGUAUCCAGAAGUUACUGAACUUAUUCGUGAACGACUGUCUAGUACUGUAAAGCCCAUACUGGAGCAUGGCAUACGAAGGUCUCGAGUUCUAAAUUUUAGCAACCAUCCGUGGUAUUUUAUUGAAGAGAUUGCUCAAGGAUCUGUACGAAGCCAUUACAGCUCUGUACACUCACGGUUAACCCUCUGCAGUACCUUUAGCCUCGAUCAGGAUGGAAAAAUAUUAACACCAGAAGAACUUCUUUUUCGAAGUGUUGAGCAUAUCAAUGAAACACACAACGCUGUCGGGGCUUCUGCCGACUGUAAACUGCGGUCACUGAUGGUUAUGGGUGUUAACGAGCAAUGUCUGCACCUUUGGUUUGACAUAUUUUGUGGUAAUUCAAAUCAAGAUAUUGUUCGAGACAAGUACUAUCAUUCGUGGUCUUUUAUACGGUCACCCAUAUGGAGACAGAUAAAAUGCGAACUGAAACUUCUUUCACAAUUUUGCUUCAACUUGAAUCCGGAUUUCGAAGUGAUGGUUAAUCCAAAAGCCAAGAAGAGUAACAACAUACAAAAACUGCGUUCGGCAUCAACUCGAGGUUCUCGCGAUGCUCCAUUGAAAGAAGGCGUUCGAGAUAUGCUUAUUAAACAUCAUCUUUUCAGCUGGGAUCUUUAG